AUGACACUGAAACGGUUAAGGAAGAAAGCUGAAAGCUCAUCAGAUGAGUUCGAUGCAACGAACAUUAUCAAACAAUCGAAAAGUGAUUCGGAAUCAUCCUCAAAUGAUUCCGACGAUUCCGAUGAGGCGCCAAUGCUUGUUGAUCCUGAUGCUGAUGCACCUCCGAAGUUCGAUAUAAUUCGACAUAGUGAAAGGUAUAUGUUGAAAAGGGAACAAGAGUAUUUACAGAAAGUGCCGACUGUGUCGACAUGCAGUUUCAUAAAACUCGACGUUUACGGUGUAAAAUGA